CUUCCCAGAGGGCCGAGCGCGCAAGGCGAGCCGAGGCGCCCCGCCGAUGCGGAGGCGCUCCAAGCGUGCGUGCCUCCUGGCCAUCGCGGCCGUCCAUCCUCCCACACGUGUCGCCCCCACGCGGCCACCGUGCCAACCAUAUCACCCUCCCAGUCCCAGGUCCAGCAGCAGCACGCCGCCGCACGCCUCGCACGCGCGAGCGACCCUAGUCCUCUUCCUCUCCUCCCCCUUGUUCCUGUUCCCCUCUUCCGCAUCACCACCCGCGGCGGCGGCGCGAGAUCCGGCGGGAUGCAGCAGGCGGGGCCGGCCGACGACGACGAGGACGAGGAGAUGGGGGUCAAGGAGGAGGAGGAAGACGGCGACGAGGAGGAGGAGGACGACGACGGGUACUACAUGGACCCCCGGAGCCCGGCCGCCGCCACCGUCGUGUCGACGCCCGGCGGCGGCGGCGGCAGGGCCGGAGGGACCCCGAACCGGCGGCGCGCGCGCGAGGAGAAGGAGCGGACCAAGAUGCGGGAGCGGCAGCGGCGCGCGAUCACGGGGCGGAUCCUGGCGGGCCUGCGCCAGCACGGCAACUACAGCCUGCGGGCGCGCGCCGACAUCAACGAGGUGAUCGCCGCGCUCGCCAGGGAGGCCGGAUGGGUCGUCCUCCCCGACGGCACCACCUUCCCCUCUUCGUCCUCCUCCUCCGCCGCCGUGGCUGCACAGCCGGCCCGUCCCGUGAUGGUCGCCGCCGCGCCGCCCUCCGCCACCCCGCUCGCGAUCCCGGCCUCCGCGGCGUUCCCCCUCCGCGGCAUCGCGCCCGUCGCCGCGCGCCCCAUCUCCCACCGCCCCGCGCCCGCGUCCGCCCUCCUCGUCUCGCCCCCGCGCGCCACCGCGGCUUCGCGACCCCCGGCUGACGACGUCCCCGACGGGAACUCCUCGCACCUCCUCGCCGUCCCCGUCCCCAUGGACCCCGCCGCCGAAGACGGCCCCGUCGCCAAGCAGGUGCCCGAUGUGGCGCCGCGCCCGCCGGAGCGGGACUUCGCCGGCACGCCCUACGUGCCGGUCUACGUCAUGCUCCCGCUUGGGGUGGUGAAUGGCAACGGCGAGGUGGUGGACGCGGACGAGUUGGUGGGCCAGCUGCGGGUGCUCAAGGCAGCGGGAGUGGAUGGGGUCAUGGUCGAUUGCUGGUGGGGGAACGUCGAGGCGCACAGGCCGCAGGAGUACAAUUGGACUGGCUACAGGCGCCUCUUUCAGAUGAUCAGGGAACUCAAGCUCAAGUUGCAGGUCGUCAUGUCGUUUCAUGAAUGUGGUGGCAAUGUUGGAGAUGAUAUAUCCAUUCCUCUCCCACAUUGGGUAAUAGAGAUUGGAAGGAGCAAUCCGGAUAUCUACUUUACUGACAGGGCAGGAAGACGUAAUACAGAGUGCUUAUCGUGGGGAAUUGAUAAAGAAAGGGUUCUGCAAGGCAGAACAGCAGUGGAGGUAUAUUUUGAUUUCAUGAGAAGCUUCCGAGUAGAAUUCGAUGAGUAUUUUGAGGAUGGGAUUAUCUCAGAAAUUGAGAUUGGACUAGGGGCUUGUGGAGAGCUGCGAUAUCCAUCUUAUCCAGCAAAACAUGGCUGGAAAUACCCUGGCAUUGGAGAAUUUCAGUGCUAUGACAGGUACUUACAGAAAAGUUUGAGAAAGGCUGCAGAAGCACGAGGGCAUACCAUAUGGGCAAGAGGGCCUGACAAUGCUGGCCAUUAUAAUUCUGAACCAAAUCUCACUGGAUUUUUUUGUGAUGGAGGAGAUUAUGAUAGCUACUAUGGCCGGUUUUUCCUCAGCUGGUACUCCCAGACGUUGGUAGAUCAUGCAGACCGUGUACUGAUGUUAGCAAGGUUGGCUUUUGAGGGUUCAAACAUUGCUGUUAAGGUCUCUGGGGUGCACUGGUGGUACAAAACUGCCAGUCAUGCUGCUGAAUUGACCGCCGGAUUUUACAACCCAUGUAACCGUGAUGGCUAUGCUCCAAUUGCUGCAGUAUUGAAGAAAUAUGAUGCUGCUUUGAACUUUACAUGUGUUGAAUUGCGCACUAUGGAUCAACAUGAGGUAUACCCUGAGGCAUUUGCAGAUCCAGAGGGCCUAGUAUGGCAGGUGCUAAAUGCUGCUUGGGAUGCUGGUAUACAAGUGGCUAGUGAGAACGCUCUACCUUGCUAUGAUAGGGAUGGAUUCAACAAGAUUUUGGAGAAUGCCAAACCACUGAAUGACCCAGAUGGACGGCAUCUGUUUGGUUUCACCUAUCUAAGGCUUAGCAAUGUUCUGUUUGAAAGACCCAACUUUUUUGAAUUUGAGCGCUUCGUCAAGAGAAUGCAUGGUGAGGCGGUUCUUGAUCUGCAAGUAUAGAUUGGUAGCAUAUUACAUACACAUAUACAAGUGACUGAUUGGCUCCGGCCUUACAAGUGACUGAUUGGCUCCGGCCUUAUGGCUUACAUUUUUUCUCUCCUUUUCCUUUUUAUUUUAGGGAGUAGUAUCAGCUGAUUUUUGAGCUGUUAAAUAUAGAACUCGCUGGUUGCUGCUCAAUUUGUAAAGCCUAUUUGCAUAUACUCUAGUCUUCAAGAAGGAAGACCAGUGGGUUUAGUUGAGUUGCGGAUAAAUAGUGAAUUCACAUCCUUUUGUCUCCGGCGGCUCCACACCAAGAGCAAACAAUCUACUCCAUAUGUGCCUUGCAUCUCAUGGCCAUGGGGCUAGGCUACGCAGAUCUGGGUGUGAAAUCUGAAAACUAAGGCAUUCUGCCCAUCUCCAUCUCCAUA